AAAAAUAACAACAAUGGGUGGUGCAGUAAGUUCCUUUGAAAUUUGACGUUGUCAUAACUUUUUCAUUUUUAGAGUGCAGUAUUUUUUCCUUUGCCUCUGAAUAUAUUAGGUUAUGAGUAUGUUCUGACCAAAAAGAGAUGCAUUAAUGCUAAAGCUGUACUGUAUACAUACAAGCAGUGCUUUCAAAGCUGCACAUAGUUCCGUGACAAAAGGUGACCAUACUGCCCCCAAGAUUUUUGUAAGUACUGCAUCUCUCGUAAUUCCAUGCAGAGGUGCACAAACGACAUGUGCCACGAAUGCAGAAUACACAUGCCAGCGGUUAUGCUUAAGCAAACGCAUUGUGAGUUUACACCGGCUGUUAAAUCUGAUGCCACUGUAGACCAGUGGCCCCUGAUGUAUAUCUGCAUAGUAUGAUAUGGUACCGCCCACAUCCUUGUAGACCAGUGGCCCUGGAUGUAUAUCUGCAUAGUAUGAUAUGGUACCGCCCACAUCCUUGUAGACCAGUGGCCCUGGAUGUAUAUCUGCAUAGCAUGAUAUGGUACCGCCCACUCCCCUGUAGAUCAGUGGCCCUGGAUGUAUAUCUGCAUAGUAUGAUAUGGUACCGCCCACAUCCUUGUAGACCAGUGGCCCUGGAUGUAUAUCUGCAUAGUAUGAUAUGGUAGCACCCACAUCCUUGUAGACCAGUGGCCCCGGAAAACUCCACACACAUGUGACCCAGGCGGAGACUCGAACCCAGGUCCCAGAGGUGUGAGGCAACAGUGUUAACCAGUGCACCACCAUGCCGCCCCUGAUUAUUGUAAUAUAUAUUAUAAUUUACUGCAAUGGUGUCAAAUAGGGAAAGUAUAAAACCCCAGAUAUAGCAAAGCUAACUGGCUGCUGACAUGGUGGGAUCUGCUCUUGUGUCUUGAUCAGUAGCUGAUUAGGAGGCUUUGGUUUGUUCAGGGUGCGUCUUUGUGUGAAGCUCCCUGGUUGGGCCACUAAGGUUCAUCUAUGGGGGGAUGCCAUUGAUGGAAUGAAAUGUGGUAGAGACUAAUAUCCAUGGCAACAGGUGCCAGUACUCCCCUUGUUAUUCAACAUCAGGUGCUGGUACCCCUUGUUAUUCAGUACUACUUGCUGGUACUCCCCUUGUUAUUCAGAAACAGGUGCCAGUACUCCCCUUGUUAUUCAGUACUGCAUGCAGGUACUCCCCUUGUUAUUCAGCACCAGGUGCCAGUACUGCCCUUAUUAUUCAGCACCAGGUGCUGGUACUCCUCUUGUUAUUUAGUAUUACGUGACAGUAUUCCCCUUGUUGUUCAUUUGUAGGUGUCAGUACGCUCAGCAUAUAUUGUGAAGUGCCAUUACAAAAAGGUGCUGUACUGAGUACCUGUGAGUACUGACCCAUUUCAAGCACUGAAUGCAUUGAUAGAAAAUGUAUCGUUUCAUUUCCAAAGUGCCCAUUGAUUACUGGAGGAACAUAUAAGCAUAAACAAGAGUCAGACUGCAAUACACAGGAACUGGUUUCUUUACAGCCAUAAUCAUCUAAGCGAUGGAUCAUCAUUCCCAUGGAGAGACCCAGACCUCGCUCGCUGACCUCUUGGAGGAUUACCUGGAGGAGCUCGAUGAUGAAGAGCUGAAGAUGUUUAAAUGGAAACUGAGUCGCACAAAAUAUAAAGAGUUAAAGCCCCUUCCCAGGGGUCUGGUGAAGGGCCUGGAUAGAACAGACCUUGCCGACAAGAUGAUAAGUUCCUAUGGUGAAGCUGAUGCUCUCAAAAUCAUGCUUAUAAUCCUGAAGAAUAUGAACAUGAAUGAUCUUGCUCAGAGACUGAAUGAAGACCUACAGAAGGAAAGACCGAAGCCCUCCGGUGCCCAGGAAGGAAAAGGAGGAAGAGGAGAGGAGGAAAAACAGGAAAAAGACAGAGGGGAGCUCAUGUCCAGCACAAUCAAAUGUAACCUGAAGCAGAAAUUUGAGUGUGUAUUUGAAGGGAAAGCUAAGGGAGGACAGCCAACACUUCUCAAUGAGAUUUACACAGAACUCUACAUAACUGAAGGUGGGACUGGAGGAGUCAAUGAUGAACAUGAAGUGAGACAGAUUGAAACAGCAUCCAAGAAAAGGCAGACAGAAGAUACUACAGUCAAGUGCAAUGAUAUAUUUAAACCCUUAUGUGGGAAUGAGACACCUAUCAGAACUGUACUCACUAAAGGGGUGGCAGGUAUCGGGAAAACAGUCUCUGUGCAGAAGUUUAUUCUCGACUGGGCAGAAGGAAAAGCAAACCAGGAUGUUCACUUCAUAUGUGCUCUUCCUUUCCGGGACCUGAAUAUGAUUAAGGGUGAAUACAGUCUGAUUGAACUGCUUCACCGCUUUGUCCCAGAACUAAAAUCACUUGAAUCCACCGAGCUGUUUAGGUACAAAGUCUUGUUCAUCUUUGAUGGUCUGGAUGAGUGUUGCCUUCCUCUCGAUUUUCAGCACAAUGAGAGCUGGUUUGAUGUAACAAUGAAAAUGUCACUGGAUGUGCUGUUGACUAACCUCAUUAUUGGAAAUCUCCUUCCAUCUGCUCUCCUCUGGAUAACCUCCCGGCCAGCAGCAGCCAAUCAGAUACCUCCUGAGUGCUUCCACCGGGUGACAGAGAUACGAGGGUUCAGUGAUGCCCAGAAGGAGGAGUAUUUCAGGAGGAGAUUCAGUGAUCAGAGCCUGGCCAGCAGGAUUAUCACACAUGUGAAAUCAUCAAAGAGCCUCUUCAUCAUGUGCCACAUACCUGUGUUCUGCUGGAUUUCAGCCACUGUGCUUAAGAGUCUUUUUAGUGAGACUGACAGGGGAGAAAUUCCAAGGACUCUGACUGAAAUGUACACACACUUCCUGAUCUUUCAGUCCAAUUUAAAACAUGAGAAGUAUACGAAAAACGAUGAAAUCAAGCUUAAGGAAUACAGCAAGAAAUUCCUUUUGAAACUUGGUAAACUGGCUUUUGACAACCUUGAGAAAGGCAAUCUCAUAUUUUAUGAGCAAGAUCUGACAGAGAAUGGCAUUGAUGUCACUGAAGCUUCAGUUUACUCUGGAGUGUGCACAGAAGUCUUUAAAGAGGAAUAUGGGUUGUAUCAGGAUAAGGUGUACUGCUUUGUGCAUCUGAGCAUCCAGGAGUAUCUCGCUGCUUUAUAUGUGUUUCUGUCAAACUCAUCAGCUAACCUGCUGAAGACUGCAGUGGAUCAGGCCUUAAAGAGCAAGAAUGGACACUUGGACCUCUACCUCCGCUUCCUCUUGGGCCUCUCAACAAACUCCAGUGAGACUCUGUUACAAAGACUACUGGGACAGACAAGAAUCAGCUCAUUUACCACUUUAAUAAGAUCCUUAAAAUUGCUACUGGGACAGACAGGAACCAGCUCACAUAACAUUAGAGAAACAGCCAAAUACAUCAGGGAGAAAAUACAGGAGAAUUUAUCUCCAGAAAGGACCAUCAACCUGUUCCACUGUCUGACUGAACUGGGUGACAAUUCUCUAGUAGAGGAGGUACAAAGAUACCUGAAUUCAGGAAACCUUUCAGCAGAAGACCUCUCACCUGCACAGUACUCAGCUCUGACCUUUGUGAUGCUGAUGUCAGAUGAGGAGCUGGAUGUGUUUGAUCUGAAGAAAUUCAUCAGAUCAGAUAAAGAGCACUGGAGGCUGCUGCCUGUGGUCAAGAACUCCAGGAGGGCUCUGCUGAACCGCUGUGAUCUCACAGAGAAAUGCUGUGAGGUGCUGGCUUCAGCUCUCAGAUCAAACUCCUCACCCCUGAGAGAGCUGGACCUGAGUGACAAUGAUCUGCAGGAUUCAGGAGUGAAGCUGCUCUCUGCUGGACUGGGGAAUUCACACUGUAAACUGGAGAUACUGAGUCUGGCAGGCUGUAGAGUCACAGAAGAAGGCUGUUCUUCCCUGGCUUCAGCUCUGAGGUCAAACCCCUCACACCUGAGAGAGCUGGACCUGAGCUACAGUCACCCAGGAGACUCAGGAGUGAAGCUGCUCUCUGCUGUACUGGAGAAUCCCAGCUGUAAACUGGAGAAGCUGAAGAUGGACCACUGUGAACUCACAGAGAAAUGCUGUGAGGUGCUGGCUUCAGCUCUCAGAUCAAACUCCUCACCUCUGAGAGAGCUGGACCUGAGUGACAAUGACCUGCAGGAUUCAGGAGUGAAGCUGCUCUCUGCUGGACUGGGGGAUUCACACUGUAAACUGGAGAUGCUGAGGCUGUCAGGCUGUAGAGUCACAGAAGAAGGCUGUUCUUCCCUGGCUUCAGCUCUGAGGUCAAACCCCUCACACCUGAGAGAGCUGGACCUGAGCUACAAUCACCCAGGAGACUCAGGAGUGAAGCUGCUCUCUGCUGUACUGGAGGAUCCCAGCUGUAAACUGGAGAAGCUGAAGGUGAACCGGUGUGAACUCACAGAGAAAUGCUGUGAGGCGCUGGCUUCAGCUCUCAGAUCAAACUCCUCACCCCUGAGAGAGCUGGACCUGAGUGACAAUGACCUGCAGGAUUCAGGAGUCAAGCUGCUCUCUGCUGGGCUGGGGGAUUCACACUGUAAACUGGAGAUACUGAGGCUGGCAGGCUGUAGAGUCACAGAAGGAGGCUGUUCUUCCCUGGCUUCAGCUCUGAGGUCAAACCCCUCCCACCUGAGAGAGCUGGAUCUGAGCUACAAUCACCCAGGAGACUCAGGAGUGAAGCUGCUCUCUGCUGUACUGGAGGAUCCCAGCUGUAAAUUGGAGAAGCUGAAGGUGAACCGGUGUGAACUCACAGAGAAAUGCUGUGAGGCGCUGGCUUCAGCUCUCAGAUCAAACUCCUCACCCCUGAGAGAGCUGGACCUGAGUGACAAUGACCUGCAGGAUUCAGGAGUCAAGCUGCUCUCUGCUGGGCUGGGGGAUUCACACUGUAAACUGGAGAUACUGAGUCUGGCAGUUUGUAGAGUCACAGAAGAAGGCUGUUCUUCCCUGGCUUCAGCUCUGAGGUCAAACCCCUCACACCUGAGAGAGCUGGAUCUGAGCUACAAUCACCCAGGAGACUCAGGAGUGAAACUGCUCUCUGCUGUACUGGGGGAUCCCAGCUGUAAACUGGAGAAGCUGAAGGUGGAUCGGUGUGAACUCACAGAGAAAUGCUGUGAGACACUGGCUUCAGCUCUCAGAUCAAACUCCUCACCCCUGAGAGAGCUGGACCUGAGUGACAAUGACCUGCAGGAUUCAGGAGUGAAGCUGCUCUCUGCUGGACUGGGGGAUUCACACUGUACACUGGGAAUACUGAGGCUGAACACCUGUAAUCUCACAGAGAAAUGCUGUGAGGUGCUGGCUUCAGCUCUCAGAUCAAACUCCUCACCCCUGAGAGAGCUGGACCUGAGUGACAAUGACCUGCAGGAUUCAGGAGUGAAGCUGCUCUCUGCUGGACUGGGGGAUUCACACUGUAAACUGGAGAUACUGAGACUGACAUGCUGUAGAGUCACAGAAGAAGGCUGUUCUUCCCUGGCUUCAGCUCUGAGGUCAAACCCCUCACACCUGAGAGAGCUGGAUCUGAGCUACAAUCGUCCAGGAGACUCAGGAGUGAAGCUGCUCUCUGCUGUACUGGAGGAUCCCAGCUGUAAACUGGAGAAGCUGAAGGUGGACCGGUGUGAACUCACAGACAAAUGCUGUGAGACGCUGGCUCCAGCUUUCAGAUCAAACUCCUCACCCCUGAGAGAGCUGGACCUGAGUGACAAUGACCUGCAGGAUUCAGGAGUGAAGCUGCUCUCUGCUGGACUGGGGGAUUCACACUGUAAACUGGGGAUACUGAGGCUGUCAGGCUGUAGAGUCACAGAAGAAGGCUGUUCUUCCCUGGCUUCAGCUCUGAGGUCAAACCCCUCACAUCUGAGAGAGCUGGACCUGAGCUACAAUCACCCAGGAGACUCAGGAGUGAAGCUGCUCUCUGCUGUACUGGAGGAUCCCAGCUGUAAACUGGAGAAGCUGAAUGUGGAUCACGGUGGAGAGUGCAGGAUCAGACCAGGCUUACAGAAAUACUCCUGCCAGCUGACGCUGGACCCCAACACAGCGUACAGACGCCUGUCUCUGUCAGGGGGGAACACGAAGGUGACACAUGUGUGGGGGGCAGAGCAGCUAUAUCCUGAUCAUCCAGAGAGAUUUGACUGCCUCCCCCAAGUUCUGUGCAGAGAGAGUCUGACUGGCCGCUGUUACUGGGAGGCUGAGUGGGAUGGAGAUGCAGCCCGGAUAGGAGUGACUUAUAAAGGGAUCGAGAGGAAAGGAUGGGGUGACUGUGAGUUUGGAGACAAUAAGUCAUGGAGUCUGUGGUGUGGUCCUGUCAUUUACUCUGUCCGGCACAAUAAUAAACAGAUUCUCAUCCCUAUACGGCCCUCAGGCUCCCGCAGAGUAGGAGUGUAUCUGGACUGGGGGGCUGGUGCUCUGUCCUUCUACAGAGUCUCUGAUGGACUGACCCCCCUGUACAGAUUCACCUCCUCAUUCACUGAGCCCCUCUAUCCAGAGUUUGUGGUUUAUAAAAACUCCUCAGUGUCACUGUGACGUGUUGCUGGUUCUCCUGGCAAAAAGGUCAAAUGUCUGCUUUUUAACCUUUAUAAUCCUUUUUACUCUAAAAUGUAUGUUUGACAAAAAUAAAUGUCACGUCAAUAGCUGGUGGUGAUUGGACACAGUGCAGUUAUUAAUGAUGUCUAGAAAUCUGAAAUCAUCAGAUUUCACAGCAUUUUUGCACAAAUAACCUUCACUGCUACCAUACAGUAACUCAGAUACUGUAUCCAGACUGUUACCACUGUUAAUUUGCACUGUAUGUUGUCUUGUCUUAUCAAUUUGUACUGUUGUGCUUGUGUCCUGUGUGCACUUGUGAUGUUGCUCUGUCUUUGUCCUGCUCUGUGUUGCACCAUGGUCCUGGAGGAACAUUAUCUCAUUUCUGUAUAUACUGUGUGUAUGGUUGAAAUGACAAUACGACCUACUUGACUUGAUUUGACUUGACUUGAAUUUCAUGACAUGAAAUUCAAGUGGUGUGCAUUGUGCCCCAUAGAUCAUUGCUUAAACCAGACUUCACUGAACAUGCCUAUAUCUCAUUAUGUUUAAUAGUUAGUCGAUGUAGGAGCCAUAUGCAAGUUUAUAUUUGUAGCCUUAUGAUAGGUAAUCCUUUUGUAUUUUGUACGAGUGCGCCCUCUACAGGUGGUGAGGGUGCUGCCCUGAAAUGUAGAUGACGUCACACAUGGCGGGGAGGAAGCGGGCCGACAUGAUACGGUCAUUGACCUCAGCCUUCGGUCUCAGCCUUAGGCCCGGUCUGUUCGCUGUCCCAGGAAAGCGUCUGACAUUAAAUUCACCAGCGACGCUUCUGUUAGAUUAAGGACGUUUGGAAGAUUUGCAGUUCCGUUUUGUAAUAUGUUUUUUUGCAAUAAAUUAAGCAGUGAACAGCAA